AUGGAAUUUUGGGCUCCCCAGUGGCCACCGCAGCCACAGGGGAGGCCCACGGCACCAGCAAAGGAUCCAAACCGAGGGCUUUGGAGAGAUGGAAUUCAUCAGCCCGUUCCUCACUCUUGGCACAAUGGAGAGAGGUACCAUCAGUGGCAAGACACCCAUGGGAGUCCGCCAUCACAGCAGGACCCCAGGACAGACCACCAGCAGCCCCGUUAUGUGUCCAGGCCUGGGGAAAGGCAUCAUCAGCCUGUGUCCGGGGUUGACUAUUAUGAAGGUGGUUAUCCGAGUCAGUUGUAUUCAAGGCCCGGCAUGGAGGAUCCGUAUCGGAGCUAUCAUUCUUCAACCGUAAGGGAAGAAUAUGCUUAUGGAAAUUAUUACUACCAUGGAUACCCGCAGCAGCUGCAGGAAGAAAGAGUGCCAAGGGGAGAGAGUCCUUAUAUCUGGCAGGAAGAUCACCGAGAUCAGAAGUACCUCAGUGAGCAGCAUCACGACAACCAGAAUAGUCUAUCCAAGAGUCAGAACCCUUAUAAAGACAGCGCUGCUUCUAACUCUGGACAGGAGUGGCCUGGGGACCUAGUUCCGGAGAGGCUGCUACCUGGAACCCAAAACAAUAAGCCACCACUGGCCGACGAGUCCAACCUUCUCCGGCAGCACGAGUCCGGUCUCAGCUCCAGCGCCUAUGAGCUCAGCCAGUACAUCGGCAAUGCGUCUGAGAUGUACGAGCCCAGGGCACCAGCAGCUUGGAGUCCAGUUCAGGCCGAGGAUGUCUCAGCAGCUGGUCCCAAGGAGCCCAUGAAGUUCUACAUCCCUCAUGUGCCUGUGAGUUUUGGGCCAGGAGGCCAGCUGGUGUGUGUGGGUCCCAGCUUCCCCAGGGAUGGACAAACGGCCCUUGUGGAACUGCACAGCAUGGAGAUUAUUCUUAAUUACUCCGAGGAACAAGAAGAGCUGAGGACUUUCUCAGGACCCCUGAUCAGGGAAGAUGUACACAAGGUGGACAUCAUGACAUUUUGCCAGCACAAAGCAGCUCAGAGCCUAAAAUCUGAGACAGAGAGGAGCAGAGACUCAGCUCUACUGUGGCAAUUGUUGGUUCUCCUUUGUCGGCAGAACGGGUCCAUGGUGGGGUCUGACAUCGCGGAACUGCUGAUGCAAGACUGCAAGAAGCUGGAGAAGUACAAGAGACAGCCGCCGGUGGCCAACCUCAUCAACCUGACCGAUGAGGACUGGCCGGUGCUGAGCUCAGGGACCCCGAACCUUCUCACCGGGGAGAUUCCCCCCAGCGUGGAGACACCUGCACAGAUCAUAGAGAAAUUCACUAAACUGCUCUACUACGGAAGGAAGAAGGAAGCCUUGGAGUGGGCCAUGAAGAACCACCUGUGGGGCCACGCUUUGUUCCUCUCCAGCAAGAUGGACCCAAGGACCUACAACUGGGUUAUGAGUGGCUUCACCAGCACGCUAGCCGCCAACGACCCACUGCAGACCCUCUUCCAAUUCAUGUCGGGGAGGAUCCCACAAGCAGCCACGUGCUGUGCGGACAAGCAGUGGGGAGACUGGAGGCCUCACUUGGCUGUGAUUCUGUCGAAUCAGGGUGGGGACCCGGAGCUGCUUCAGCGAGCGAUUAUCACCAUGGGGGACACCCUGGCGGGGAAGGGGCUGGUGGAGGCCGCCCACUUCUGCUACCUCAUGGCUCACGUGCCCUUCGGCCACUACACCGUGAAGACAGACCAUCUGGCCUUGCUUGGCAGCAACCACAGUCAAGAGUUUUUGAAAUUUGCAACGACCGAGGCUAUCCAGAGGACGGAAAUCUUCGAGUACUGUCAGAUGCUGGGCCACCCCAAAUCCUUCAUCCCUUCUUUCCAGGUGUAUAAGCUCCUUUAUGCUUCCCGGCUGGCAGAUUACGGCCUUGCGUCCCAGGCCUUACAUUACUGCGAAGCCAUUGGCACGGCCCUCCUUAGCCAGGAAGAAAGCAAUCACCCUGUGCUAUUAGGGGAACUCAUCAAGCUAGCAGAGAGACUGAAGCUGUCAGAUCCCUUGGUUGUAGAGAGACGCCGUGGAGACAGGGACCCGGAGCCAGCCUGGCUGGUGCCCCUUCGCAGGCGGUGCGAGGAGCUGGUAGCAGGAGACACUGGAGAUCUUCGUUCUGCUCACUCAGAUACUUCGGGAGCCAGAGGGACGGCAGAAAGCACUUUCUACCAUGAUCUUUCGGGACAUCAAAGCGACUCAGGAGCCCUUGGGGACCGCUCAGCCUUGUGGCCAGCCCUGGAGCAGACGUGGCCGUCCCAGCCCAGCCUGCAACAGCCCUUUCCCCAUCCAGCAGGAGGAAGUGUGGGGCAGACCGGGGUCCCUGUGCCUCUUUAUUCGGUUCCUAGGACUGGUGGCAGCCUGGCCGUGACAGGGACUCCUGGAGGAGGAGCCUGGGAGGAAACCCAGCAGAUCUACCCACCCGUUGGAGAGAACACAGUGUCUCAAGGAAGUUUCCAGCAUCCUGAUAGUCAAAAUGUUGUUUCCCAACCCCAGGUGCCAGCGAUUCCCAGAUCACGAAAUAAUUCUGAGAGUUCCACUGUUUCAGUCAAGGAGGAUGAGGAGGAGUCCUCCGAUGAGGCAGAUAAGAAAUCUUCCCAAAGCCCGGCACAGAAAGAAAAGCCGGGAGACGAGAAAGAGAACACGAAGAGCUCCGGGUUUGGCUGGUUCAGCUGGUUUCGCUCAAAGCCCACCAACAACGCAUCCGCCUCUGGAGAAGACUCAUCUGACGGUCCCGACUCUGAGGAGACCUCCAGAGCAUCUUCUCUCCCUGAGGCUGGCCCUGGCUUCACACUGACCUCUCUCCCAGAGCCCCAGUCUCUGCCGGGCACCUUGUCUGGAGCGACAGGUGAGGGCCAAGUCCGAGGAUCAGCAUCCUGUGGGGGAGCAGCUGAGGGCACUGGGAGUGAAGGCCUGUCUGGGCCUGAGGCUGUUUCCUCUGAGCUUUACUUCAACCCCGGUGUUCUGCUUCCCCCAACACCCUUGAAAGGAAGUGUUCCUCUCUACAACCCAUCUCAGGUCCCCCAGCUCUCCAUGGUUAGUAGCUUGAACCGACCAAAUCGCCUAGCUCAGCGCCGCUAUCCAACCCAGCCAUGAUGAUAACGGCCACCCGUCGCAGGCUGGUCUCCUUCCUUGAUUUCCAACUCCUCUGCCAUAUUGGGGCCCCCAGGAGGGUCCUGCUGGCCUAUUGCCUUCACUGGGACAGGCUCUUCCAGGACACAGCUCAGUCCAGUCUCUUAACAUUAGCUUCAGAAUGAUGGCUAGUACCACGUCGGAUGGAAAAGCUGGGUAGAACAGCAGACCGGAGGUGAGCAGCAUGCCAUGGCGGGAGCAUUCAGGAUGGUAGCUUCAGAUCCUCAGGAGAGUCAAGCCGACUCGGAAUUCCCUCGGCUGGAAUCAAGGCGAACCCACUGGGCUUUGCGGCAGGAAAUUAUUUGGGGGAGGGGCCCAGAGCGAUAUUCAUGACCAAUGUUGACGCAUUCCUCAGUCUUAGUUAUAGACCAAUUCACGGAUCUAGUUAGCAAAGUUUAUAUGCUGAAACUUGAUUAUUGCUUCCCGGCAGAGCUCCCUCCUCACUGACAUUUCAGCAGUUUCCCUCUUGGUCCUAGUUUUGUGCAUAUUUUUAUGUGCUUCAGAUUAAUUAUAUUUCUCUCACUUUCUUAGCUGGUCCUAUUUUUUCACAUUCUGGCAUCUGGCUAUCAAGUCAGAUUGCUGUAGGCAUCAUAUUGUCAUGGUAACUACUGAACCUAAUGAUGCAGAUGGAUGGAACAUCAGUGUAAUAAAUGAUGGGAAAUGUUUCCUAAAAAUUCACCCCUUCCAUAAGAGAGGAGAAUGAGUGCCUGAUAGUGUUAAUACCACCCUUCCUACCUCAGGCCUUUGCAAAUGGAUGUUGGGAGGGUCACUGGAGCCAGAGGGAGGAGGGGGACAUCUUGGAAAUUUCCAGUUCUCUUUUGAAACCCAAAAUAGGGAUGACUCUUGCUGUUUGUCAGAUUUGCUGAAAAUUUCUCCUCACAAAGGAUGUUUUUUCUAUGUGUAAUUGUACAUACAGGUUUUGUACUCUAAUGUACUACAGUUCUGAUGUUGAUAGCGAUUAAACCAGAUAACUUUAUAGCAAA